AUGGCCAGCGGCGAGCGAGUCACGCUGACCUACACGCGCAGACCUUCCGGUCCUCUUCACGUUGACCUCUCACCUUUCACCCCUCCUGUGCGCGUGAAUGAUCCUUCCAGCUCCAAGCCACAACCACUCCCAUUCGUCUUGUAUCUGCACGGAGGCAACUUUCUCUCUGGCUCUCGUCACGAUGUUCCAGCUUGGCUCGUGCAGCUCUGCAGCGCUAGAGGGUUCCCGCUGCUGUGCGCAGACUACAGGUUAGCUCCUCAUGCGGGUCCGGGCGCUGCUUGGUCAGAUGUGCAAGAGCUUUGGACGUUCAUCAGAGAAGAUUUGCCUUGGAUCGUCUCGGCUGCUGGAUCUGGAGCAGAGGUGGAGAGCGGAACGAAACCUCUUGAUGAAGCGUGGGAAGAUUUGCAAAGGAGAGGAGGAUUGGAUCAUACCAGGUGCAUCAUCUUUGGUGCAGGCGCGGGAGGCUAUCUCGCAGCACUGGGGUGAGUCGUGAAAGUCGAAUAUGGUGCCUCUCGCUGUUUGUUGGCUGACGGGCAGACUGGAACGUGUCUGCAAACCGCCCAGCGGCGCGCUCCUCUCUCCACCCCCCUUGAGCGUAAUCAUGGCCUAUCCUAUCCUCUCACUACCCGACGCAGGCUCAGCACCGACGGCAUCUCUGCACCCCGUCUUGCGUGCAGCGCAGGCUGAAGAUGAAAAGCGCGCCGCUCAUACAUCACCAGAGCUUCCAGCUCUGCUCGACAAGUCGCCUCAUGUCGUAGCUGCCCGCGCAGAGGUCAGCAUGGAUAUCCGACGGCCAUGGAGAGGAGAAGCGGAGGGCCUCAGACGCGUGGGUCUCGCUGAAGCGCUUCUGCAGGCGAAUGCGCUCUAUCCUGCCCUGCGUCAUUGGUCUUUGAAAGCGCUGAACCCGACCAAGGUAAUCUCUGGCACUUCGCUCAUCGCUCACGCUCCCGUCAAUGAGCCGUAUCCUCCCACCUUUAUCUUCCACGGAUCGGCAGAUGACUUCGUUCCCGUCGACGCGACCAUCGACUUCAUGUCGGCACUACGAGGCUCAAACUCUGCCGCUGCGGCGCUCGACGAUUUGCUGCCGGACGCAGGCAAAGGCUCGUCGAGCAAAAGGAAGACUAAACAAGGUUUCAAACCUGACGGUCGCGUGGAACCCACUCGUCGCUUUGCCAGCGUCAUUGUGGAGGAUGCAAUUCACGCUUUCGAUGCGCUCUUGACGCACGAAGACACAGCUCACACCGAAUUCAUAUCGCAGCUCGAGCAGUGGCUGGUUCACAAGGUCGAGGACCGCUCUGCUCAAGACGCAUCAGCUGUAGAAUUCAAGGAGAAGCUAUAG